UUUUAAAAAAAUAUUUUUUGUUGGCAUAGCUAACUAAUACGUAAAACUACUAAGCAAUUUGAUUCCAAUUUAGUGCAGUAAUGUAUAAUAUUAACCUGCUAUUACAAAAAAUGCUAAAAUCAUUAUUAUUAAUUUGGACAUGUCAAGGAAUAUAUAGUUUUAAUUUGGACUAUGAGUAUACAGUUUUUAAACAGGGUCCUGCUGAUAGUCUUUUUGGAUUCUCUGUUACCGAAUAUAAUAGUGGAAGCAAAGCUUGGAUUAUUGUUGGAGCUCCCUUGGCAAAUAGCAGCUAUUUAAAAGGUUCUGAUCAUUUGAACUCAGGAGGUAUUUAUAAAUGUGAUCCAGCAAGCCCGUCCAGUGACUGCAGUCAAGUAUCAGAUCAAAUUAUGUUUGAUGACAAAGAUAACAAUGGCCAAGAAACAAAAGCUGGUCAGUGGCUUGGAGUCUCAUUGGACACUUAUGGAAUCGGACAGCCAAUCAUAGGUUGUGCACAUAGGUAUAUAAAUCACCUCAAUGGUAACUACAGGUUAUUAGAAGGAAAAUGUUGGACUAUUGGUAGUGACUUUUCACCAAUUGGAGAGGUUGAUCCGUGUCGAAAAAGGAAUGAAGAAGAAAAAAGUUCAAACCUUAAUCAUCAAGUGUAUGGAUGGUGUCAAGCUGGGAUUGGUCUUAAAGCAAUAGACGAGACUGAAAUCGGUCAUCGAUAUUUGGUAGGUGCAAUAGGUUCAAAAGACUUUGUAGGCACUGUUUUCCUUGAUGUGGAUGGAGAUUUAUCUGAAACAUAUGUGAAUGUCAGUGCUUCAUGGGUUGAUAGUUACUUUGGUUAUUCAGUAGCUUAUGGUAACUUCUUUUCAUCAAAUGUAAAAGGUUUUGCCUCUGGCGGACCUCGCCAUCAAAGUUUUGGAAAAGUACUACUAUAUAAUGAUGUUAAAUCUAAUAUGCCAACUCAAGAACUUCCUGAAAUAUUUGACGAGUUUCAAAUCGCAUCUGGUUUUGGAAUAGCAUUAUGUGCAAUUGAUUCAGACAACAAUAUGUUUUCUGAGCUUAUUGUUGGUGCACCAUUUUAUGCUGAGUCCACAUCAAUAUACAAUCAUGGAAAGGUUUAUGUUUAUGAAAAGUCUUUUAAGAUGAAUAAACUUGUGUUAAUUAAAGAAUUAUAUGGUAACAGAGAUGGGGUGAGUGAUGUUAAUGCCCAUUUUGGUUAUGCUCUUGCCAAUGCUGGAGAUCUAAACAAAGAUGGGUUUCCUGAUUUAGUUGUUGGUGCACCAUAUGAAAAUAAUGGUCAAGGAGCAGUGUAUGUGUUUCAAGGUGCCAAAAGUGGUUUAAUUACUAAAUACUCACAGUAUAUCGUGGCAUCCUCAGUCAUGUCAGGUUUAACCAAGAGAUCUCUUAAUGUACCAUUAAAAGCUUUUGGACGCUCUUUAGCCACAGGAUUUGAUAUGGAUAACAAUGGUUACAAUGAUGUUCUUGUUGGUGCAUAUGCAUCAAACCAAGUUGUUCUUCUCAGAAGUCGUCCAGUUAUAGAAGUUCACAUUAAAGUGACCUUUACACCUGAGAAUAUUAACAUCAGUGAUCGUCAUUGUUCAGUCGAUGGAAAGUUAACACCCUGCUUCAAUAUGACAUUCUGUUACAACUUUACAGAAAGAAAUGCGAAUAUAUACAAAAACACUGACACUAUACCUAUUAAAUACACGAUUAUUGCUGAUGCAAUACAAAGACCAAGGAUCAAUUUUUUUAAAAAUGGAAAAAAUAAAAUUUCUGAAACAAGACUGACAUCAAAAGACCUAAAAUGCAUUGCACUUAAUCUUUAUUUUGUUUCUAACAAGGAUGGUGUAAUUCAAAUUUAUCCUGAUAUUACCUUUGAAGUGAUGUACUCUAUUCCUUACGGAGAAAAUGAGUUUCCUAAGCCUGAUGCAAGCAAUAAAGAUGUUGUAAGUUUAGACAAGUACCCUCGACUUGAUGAAAAUUUCUUAGAUGGGAAAAAUGUCAAUGUAAAUAUUAAAAAACUAAAGCUUGCUUUUCAACGAGAAUGUUCUGAUUGCAUUCCAGAUUUGUCUCUCUCUGCUCAAAAACUUCAAACAUAUCGAUUGGGAAGAAAAACUCUUGUCAUCAAUGUAACUGUUGAAAACAAAGGACAAGAUCCAGCUUUUGAUGUUGAAAUUAGAUUUAGAUUUCCUAAAGAUAUUUCACUUGACAGUAUGAUCAUCACUAAUGUAAUAAAGUAUUGUCAAAACAACAUUUGUGAAGUUACAAAUAAGCUUGGUAAACAGGCAAAGCUAGUUGUUGGAGUAGUAUUAAACAUGAACAGCUUUGGUCCAUCAAGUGAGAAUAAUGUUCAGAUGAGCAUUAAUAGUGCAAAUCUUGAAAAAAAUGCAACACUUGGUGACAAUUCAAUUAACAUUCAGAUUGAUGUGAAGGUGGAAGCAGAUGUUGAAAUUAUGGGUGGGAUAUCAACUCAACAAGUUACGUAUGGAGGGAAAAUUUUGGGAGAAAGUGCUAUGAAAAGUGUGAAUGAUAUUGGUGAUUCUGUCGAACAUAAAUAUGUUAUUCACAAUAAUGGACCUGAUACUGUUCCAAAUGUUAAUGUAACAAUUUUUUGGCCCACUGAACUUAAAUCAGGGAAACAUCUUUUGUAUCUUACAGAUGUUAAACCGUCAACUACUACUGUCCAAUGUAUUACACCUUCCUUGAAUCUACUUCAUCUACUGGGUGCAAAAUCGGUUCUUGUUGAAGACCAAGGAAAGAGUGAUGCAGGAGCAAGUUUUAAACCUCGUAAAAUUCGUGAUCUGAGUGAUGCUAUUACCAGUAAUGUAAAUGUUACAGUAGAAAAAGAUACCAGAAAGAAAGAUGGCACAAUACUAAAUUGUACAACUGCUAAAUGUCUACCAAUAAGAUGUACUAUUGAAAAAUUUGCAGCAUCUCAAACUGUAGCUAUAACUAUUUAUUCCAAGUUAUGGAAAUCAUCUUUGCUUAUUGAUUAUUAUGGUGAAGUUCUAACUGUAGUUUCUUCUGCUGAAGUUAGUGUAGGUGCCAACACAUCAUAUCUUGCUGAUCCAAACAAUAAUAACAAUGCUAUUGAGAUAUUUACUAACAUCCAACCAGUUUUUGCACCUGUAUCUAAAGAAAAGAUUGCAACUUGGAUGAUUGCACUUGCUGCUAUUGCUGGUAUUAUACUACUUGCCCUGCUUGUUUUCGGAUUUUGGAAGCUUGGGUUUUUCAAACGAAAACGAACUGACAGUAAAUACGCGUCCAAAUCAGAUGACAAAGCAGAUAAAUCGCUUCUCAGUAACAAACGAUAAGCUUUGUGCAAUGUGUAACAGUUUUUUGUUUGCUGCAUGUUUGGUUUUUAAGAGCUUAAAAUAGUUAUAUUUCAACUAAUAAGUUGUGAUAGUUGCGAAUUUAAAUUUUUUUUGUGUGAGUGGUAUGCAGAACGUUAUAUUCGCAAAUAUACACACACAUUCAUACAUUUAUACAUGUAUAUACAUGCAUACAUAUAUACAUAUGUAUAUGUAUAUACGUACAUAAAUAUAUACCUUUAUGUAUAUACAUAUAAAUAUGUACAUAUAUUUAUAAAUUUAUACGUGUAUAAAUGUAUACACGCGCGCGCGUUCACAUGCUUCAAUGGAACCCU